CCUGCGCAGGCGCAGGCGCGUCCGGGUUGCACGGGUUUUCUGCUGCUGGCGGUUAGCGAGAGCGGGAGCAAGUGAGCCAUGGUGGAGAAGGAGGAGGCCAGCAGCGGCGGCGGCGGCGGCAUCAGCGAGGAGGAGGCAGCGCAGUAUGACCGACAGAUCCGCCUGUGGGGACUGGAGGCCCAGAAGCGGCUUCGAGCUUCCCGGGUGCUGAUUGUUGGCAUGAAAGGACUUGGGGCUGAAAUUGCCAAGAAUCUUAUCCUGGCAGGAGUGAAAGGGCUCACCAUGCUGGACCACGAACAGGUAUCUCCAGAAGACCCUGGAGCUCAGUUCUUGAUUCGGACUGGGUCUGUGGGCCAGAAUCGGGCCGAGGCCUCUUUGGAACGAGCCCAGAAUCUCAACCCCAUGGUGGAUGUGAAGGUGGACACUGAGGAUAUAGAGAAGAAGCCAGAGUCCUUCUUCACGACGUUUGAUGCGGUGUGCCUGACUUGCUGCUCCAAAGAUGUCAUCAUUAAAGUCGACCAGAUCUGCCACAGAAACAGCAUCAAGUUCUUUUCAGGAGAUGUCUUUGGGUACCAUGGGUACACCUUUGCAAACCUCGGAGAGCAUGAAUUUGUAGAAGAGAAAACCAAAGUUGCCAAAGUCAGCCAGGGAGUGGAAGAUGGACCUGAUGCCAAGAGAGCAAAGCUGGAUUCCUCAGAGACGACCAUGGUCAAGAAGGUGACUCCGGGGCUGCUGGGACAGAAAGUGCUUUUCUGCCCUGUGAAAGAGGCGCUAGAAGUGGACUGGAGAGGAGAGAAGGCCAAGGCUGCCCUGAAGCGCACUGCCCCAGACUACUUUCUGCUGCAAGUGCUGCUGAAAUUCCGCACAGAUAAAGGGAGAGAUCCUACUUCUGAAAGCUACACCGAGGACGCGGAGCUGCUGCUGCAGAUACGGAACGACGUGCUUGACUCCCUGGGCGUCAGCCCUGACCUGCUUCCCGAUGACUUUGUCAGGUCCUGCUUCUCUGAGAUGGCCCCCGUGUGCGCUGUGGUUGGAGGGAUCCUGGCCCAGGAAAUUGUGAAGGCCCUGUCUCAAAGGGACCCUCCUCACAACAACUUCUUCUUCUUUGAUGGCAUGAAGGGAAGUGGAAUUGUGGAGUGCCUUGGUCCCCAGUGAGCCUGAGCUGUGUGCAAGGCCACUGAGUCACCUGCCCUCUCUCUAUGAAGGAUGUCUGGAUCGUUUUUUAGAGCAAGAAGGCCACUUCAUCCCGCCUUUGUCCUCACAGCUGUCAGGGAUGUGCCGGCCCCCAAGGAUGAGAGUCACAAGGCACCCUCUGUCACUGGGGACUGGCAACGCCUGGUAAGAGCAUAUCAGAGGUUCUUGUCACCUGUCGGACUUGACUUCCUGCUGUAGGUCUGCAGAGGAGCGUGUUGUGAGCAGGGUCCGAGGCCAGAGCCUCUGAAUCCCGGGGCAGCGCUUCUGCUGGAGAGCUGAGAGCAGCCCUGUUGCUGGCCCCUCCUCAGGCUGGAGCCUGGGUGUCUGGAGGGAGAGACUGCCACCCAGUUGUCAUGUCUUUUGGUUGAGCCUACCCACCUAACCUUUAAUGGCUGAGCCAUCUCUUCAGCCCAGUUUAUUUCUAAAAGGUAGAUUUAGUUCUAGGGGUCAUUAUGCAGGCUUGUGAUCCUAGAAAUUGGGAUGCUGGGGCAGGAGGAUUGCUGUAAAUUUCAAGGCCAAGUUAGUCUACAUAAUGUACCAAUUUUCUCAGAAUAUAAUAAAGGUCAUAUUCCAGAACUAGGGUGGACACUGUGUCUCCCAGUUCCUCAUAUUGGGCACCCAGGUCCCCUGGAGGGGGCCAAGUUGGUUUGGUCUUCCUUCUAGGAGUGUGAGGGCAACUUGUCUAGUUUGUAGAUUACCUUGUUGUUGGAUGGAGAAUGAUAAUAAAGUGUGUUUCUCUCAA